UACCUGUCUAAUACACAAGAUUGGACAUUAGGAAACAGGUGUCACAAGGACGCCACUGCUGACAAGGCGUUCAUGUCUGCGAUACAGAAUGUCCAAUGUCCAGGUGUCGCCCAGUAUCUGACCAUCUACAAUGACCGUCGAGAAAAAGCCAAAACGUGGUACUCUGAUGAUGCUACACUGGAACUGUGUGAGGUACAAGUUUAUGGUUGUCCAGUUGGGAAGUACGGAAAUGGAAAUUGCAAUAACGACUGCACUUACUGCCUCGGUAACAUAUGUAACCCAACAUCGGGAACAUGUGAUGAUUGCGCUGCCGGAUACUAUGAAGAUGUUGGGAAUUGCAGUCACUGCCCGGUUAAUUGUAAAGGAAAUGUAUGUGACAGUCCAACUGGAGCAUGUUCAGACUGUGAUUUUGGAUUUUAUGGUGGUUUCUGUAAUCAACCCUGCCCUCUUAACUGCAGAAAUAAUGUUUGCAACAUGGACAACGGUCAGUGCACAGACGGCUGCUCCACUGGCUUUUCAGGCGUAUACUGUAGAUGUCCAUUCAACUGUAGGAGCACUGACUGCCCUACUGGCAAGUGUACAGACUGUAACGAUGGAUUCUACGGACUAGCCUGUACACCUUGUCCUGUUGGCUGUAGCAGUAACGCAUGUGACAAAACUACCAGCCAUUGUUUACAAUGUGGAUUUUACGGUAGUUUUUGCAAUCAGUCCUGUCCUGUACAUUGUAAAAACAACGUUUGUUACAUGGUCAACGGUCAAUGUGUAGACUGUAAUGAUGGAUACUACGGGCCAGCCUGUACACCUUGUCCUGUUGGAUGUAGCAGUAAUGCAUGCGACAAAAUGUCAGGAACUUGUUUAAACUGUAAUGAUGGAUUCUACGGACAAGCCUGUUCACCUUGUCCUGUUGGCUGUAGCACUGACACAUGCGACAAAACGGCAGGAAAUUGUUUCCAUUGUGAGGUUGGAUCCUAUGGCAAUUUCUGUAACCAGUCUUGUCCUGCAUACUGUAAAAACAACGUCUGUAACAUAGAGAACGGCCAGUGCACAGAAUGUGAAGCCGGCUUCUAUGGCACUGAGUGUAACCAGUCUUGUCCUGAAAACUGUCAAGACACUUUAUGUCACAGAAGUAGUGGAGAAUGCGAAGUAUGUGUAGCCGGUUUUUAUGGCAGCCAAUGUUCAGAGUUGUGUGGCAAUUGUCAAGGUGUGAGUUGCGACAAGGAUAUGGGGGACUGUGCGAUAGGAUGUACAGAAGGAUGGACUGGAGACACAUGUGACACAAAAGUGGUAAUUAUAACGAAAGGGGACGCCUUACAGGCCGCCGUUGGAAUAGGCGCUGGAUCAGGAGUGGUUAUACUGGUUCUAGUCAUCGUGAUCAUUGUACUGGCCAGACGUCUGACGAUGAAGCGAGGUGACACCGCAGGUGCUUCUCGUAUGACAGAUAUAUCAUUGUCCAGAACUGCAAACGAGCUAAAUAAAGAUCAAGAUAAUACCUACGACGAAAUAACAACUCAAAACAAGGAACAAACCAUUGCCCAGAUCUCCCGCACUGAGGCAAAUUAUGAACAGCUUGGACGCAGGGAGGUGGAAAUUCCUCAUAUAUACAACACAACAGAUGUUGACGAGAAAACUUAGGGCACUGGUUCUUGUUAACUGGAUAGUUCCAUCCUUCAACACAACGUAACCGUGUUACUGGAACUAAAUUACACACCUACAGUUAUUGCUGUGAUGACUUCGUCUCAUAACUUUACACAAUAAUAUGUAGGUGAUGAACCUUUAAAGUGUUGUCAAUUCCUGUGUGAUUUUUUACGUUGUCACAAGAUCUAAACGUUAGUUUUGUUACUGUAGAACCCAAACAUGUAUCAUAUAUCCUCUCACUGUUAAGGUAAAGCAUAAUAUGCAUUGAACAAAUAGAUAUCUUUAUCUUCAUGGGCCCAAAGAAAGAGUUUUAUCAAACAAAUUAUCAACAACAACAAACAAAUAGUAAAAGUUAUAAUCAAGAAAAUAAUGCAAGAAGGUAUCUCACUCAUAAAAAGCUCUCGUUCAUUAACAAUAAAUAAAAAUCACCAAUAACUAAGUGCCUAGCAAGACCAUACGUGAUCGGAGAUGCAGAUAUAUAACAUGUUG